UUGAGGCAUACCUGGAGCAGGUGCAACGAUGGCUCUCCGCACUGACCAGGACAACGGAGGUAAUUUGCAUAAAUAUUUAGACAUCGGAGGGAAAAGAUUUCCGCUUGUAAUAAAAGAAGAAAUUGUCAGAAAUAUCCCCAACAUCAAGUUACGGGAAGAUGACGUCAUCAUUUGUGGAUAUCCACGUUCAGGAACACACUGGACGUUUGAAAUGACCUCCAUGCUUCUGACGGGUCGGGACGAGACCAUUCCUCUGUGGAAAGGAAAUAUGAUGUUGUCAAUGGUUCCGGAACGUGACCUUGCCCUUGCCCCGUCACCCCGGGUUCUCAACACGCACCAGUUCUACGAACAGCUACCUAGAGACAUCAUCACCCUUCGGAACAAGAUUGUGUACGUGCUGCGUGACCCCCGGGACGUUGCUGUGUCGUUCUACCACUUCUACAUCAACAACAAGACGGGGGUGGGCUACCACGGAACCUGGAGACACUUCCUGGAGCUGUUCCUGAACGGGAAAGUGCAAUGGGGGUCCUGGUUUGAGCACGUGAAGAAUUUUGAGGAAGUAAUCAAGACAAACAGGCAUGGUCAGCAGAUCCUGGUGAUGAAUUAUGAGGACACAAAGCAGAAUCCUAAAGAAUCUGUCAAUAGACUGUCAGAUUUCCUCGGAUUGCCUCGGAAUGACGAAUUGUGUUCCCAGAUCGCCGACAAAUGCAGCUUCACGAACAUGGCAGUAGACAAGCUGAAGUACACACUCCUGUCCGACAACCGAGACAUAAUGUACAGAAAAGGUGUGGUGGGAGACUGGAAGAACAUGUUCACCGUGGCCCAGAGUGAGGUGUUUGACAGGCUGCUAACACACAACAUGGCGGGCUCGGAGCUCGUUAGGAGAUACAUCACUAAACCCUCUUCUUGAGGGUCUAAUACCUACAUGGACUUUGUUAGUUUCUAUCUGUCUAUAUUAAGGAAAGUUCCAUUCUCUAAUACAGUAUUGGCGGCUAAAGAUUUUUCUUGUUGGUAAUCCCCAUUAGACUUAUUGAGGGACGAAUGGUACAUAGCUAAGACGUUGGAAUGUAUACAUUUUGAGUCUAUGAAUUAUGAAGCAAUGUUUCAUUUUUGCUUACCUCACGCAAAACUUCAGUUUCAGAAACCUGUUAGACCUUCCAAAUACAAGAAUAAUUCCUUA